AUGGCACUUUUGUUGCUGAUCGUUCAGGUUCAUGCUGACAGCGACAAGGAGUUCAAUAUCAAACCUGAAGGAAAAGAGACUGUGGAGCUUGUGGAUGGAGACAUGAAGUGUAGCUUCAGUUAUGAAUGUAGUGGAGGAUCAAGUGAAUCAUGGAGCAUGUCUAUUAUAAAGGAGGACAAGAAUCAUUAUAUCUGUAUGUUUGGACGACCAAACCCACCAAGUUACAUCCUGUUCAAGGACUUUACAAUCACAUUCUCCAAGGGUUCAAAGCACUUUACUACCGUGGAAAUGAUGGAUAAUCGUGGUGCCAUACUUAUAAACGAUCAAUAUAAACUGGCCAACAACCAAGUUGUCCCAGCCAAGAACUUUGGAGGACAAUUGGCUCUAGUUACAUUGAACAUUCGUACUUAG